UAGCAGCUCAGUGUCAGUCUCAUUCCUGUCACGAUCUGCUGCCAAACUGACUGCAGUACAGUGCGUCUUGUUUCUGUGACGAUUUUUCAGCCCCUCUUUCAUUGCAUGACUUGGGGUGGCGACGCACGAUCAAGCUCUUUAUUCUCAUCAACAGGGUCACGUGCUGACGUGUGAUCUACGUGUUGAUUGGUAAACGGAGAUCGAGAACUAGCUCCGAAGCCCCGCGUCAUUGCCACCAGCUGGGUAGGCAGUCGACUUUACCACUUCCCUCCCUUGAUUUAUUCGAUUGUUGCCAAGCAGGCCUUCUCGUCUCUCUUUGAAAAUCGCUUGCAUAAUAGGCCUUCACAACUUCAUCAAUUGGGCCUGGAUGUUGACGUCCCUUUUGGACUCCUCAUUGCACCUUUUCAUACCUUGCCCAGGGGCAGAUCUUCUGUUCACGCAUGCUCUCUGCUGUGCGGCCUGUAUUGGAACUAGCGCGUAACUUGAGAGAGUUUGCAUCUGUGGCUUCAUGAUGAGUCGAUUCAACAGACAAAAUGGACGGGACACCGAGCCUCGGGCGCCUCGUAAUCAAAGGAUUGCUGGACCAACCUCGGCCUUGACCGACUACCUGGCAGCAAAUAACAUUUCUGCAGCAGAUAUUGCGCUUAAUCAUAGUCGACGACAACAAGCAGCACUCACAGAGGCCGUAGCUGCAGAGGCUGCCUCAAACAGGCCUCGAUCAACUAACCGUAAUGGGUCCUCACAACGCACAUCAACUUCUGGUCCAUCGAACCAGUCUGGCAACCUCCCCGGCGCCUUGACGAACGCUUCUUCUGUGGCCGCCCUCGCCGACGGUGUGAACCCCACAAUCUACAAGAAGAAGCUAACCAAGGCCGAGGCCAAGGCCAUAGAGCAUUACAAGACAACCGACGACUUCGCAAAUGCUAAGCAGUACUAUCAGGGCAACGUCGAGGAUGAGGAUCAACUCGCUCGCAUGUUCUACUUCACGGCCAAAAAGGCUGUCGGUCAGUUUGAGAACUGUGCCAACUGUGGGAAACGCUUUACCGUGACUGCUUAUUCGUCUGCGGAUCCUGGCGGUGGCCUUCUCUGCACUGCAUGCGGUAAGGAGCUGGCCAAGGAGGCUCCUAAGAAGAGGAAGCAAGCUGCAUCAGGUGGGCCCAUAGGCAAACGGAGAGCUGCACAAAGCCGUGUCUUGGACGGUACGGGAUCUAUCGGCGUCAAGAGUUUGGUGGAAAUUUGCAUCCAGCACCUGUCCAAAAACAUUGAGCUCGCAGACGAUCUCGGUGUUCUGCCAGAGCAUGUUGUCGACCGGAUUUCGCGCAUCUUGGCCAAACGCCGCAAGUUUAACUCAGAGGUUCUCCCCCUCUUCCUGCAACCAGGAACCCGAGCUCUCCGGAUAUAUGAUAGCGCCAACCUAAGCAGCCAGGACAUGAUCAGUAUCUUCCAAGUAAUACCGGAUCUCAAGAUACUUCAGCUACGGAACGCAAUUCAGUUCAAGAACGAGGUCAUGAGCUAUCUCUUGGACAGACCAACAAAGCUCGAGGUCUUGUCCCUGCAUGGAUGCAAUCUCAUCACAACUGAACUGUGGGAAAGGUUCUUUGUCGAGAAGGGGCAAAAUCUGCACACCCUGCAGGUUUAUCGAUGCGGCGAUUACUUUACAGACACACUGGUUGCGAAAGCAGUUGAGCACUGUCCAAACCUCAAGCGACUCAAGCUACAGGAAAACUUGAACGUCACCUACGCAAGCCUGGAGUCACUGCAGUCCCUCAGCAAACUGGAACACUUAAGUCUCAAGCUAUGGAAUCAGGAUAUACCUAACCCUGCUCUCGUCUCCCUUAUCGAUGCGCUGGGCUCAAAGCUUCAGACUCUGUCUCUGAAGUUGGUCGAAGAUGCCAACGAUACUGUUUUGCAAGCGAUCCACCGGAAUUGCAAAAGCCUUUCGAAACUGCGCAUUACCGGCUCCAAGGCGUUUACAGAUGACGCCCUCAUGAGGCUCUUCACGAACUGGGCAAACCCUCCGCUGCGGUUCGUUUCGUUCGAGAAUUGCCGGAGCAUGACACAUGGAGAGAAUCUUGAAGAGGUUGGUCUUUGCGACAAGGGCUUUGGCGCUUUGAUGGCGCAUUCGGGACGCAAGAUACAGCACAUCAACGUUGAAUCAUGUCGCCACAUUUCAGCGGCGGCCUUUUUGGCUGCCUUUGACCAGGACAAGACGUACCCAGACCUCGAGACUAUCGAGAUCAGCUUCUGCGAGAAUGUCACGGAUUUCAUCGUCGGCAGCAUUUUCAGGAGCUGUCCCGCCCUGAAGUGGAUAAAAGUUUUUGGCUGCAUGAAAGUCAAGGACGUGCUUGUUCCGCGCGGACGGAUCUUGAUUGGCGUGCCUACCGCUGCUGGAAUGCAGAUUGAGGGUUAUGCUUAAGAGAGGCAUGUUGUCGAGCAACCUAAUGACUUGCUUUUGAAUUUGAAGUUCAACAUUGUUAUGGUUUACAUUUGCUAGAUAUUCCCACUGCGAUAAUCUUGGUGUUCAUGGCUGCGCAUUGGAGGGACAACAGCACCCGACUUAUUCAUCGCGACUUAUUCCUAAACUAUGCUCAGAAGACAGUUUUUUCCGGAGCAAUAACGAACACAUAUCUCAUCGGACAGGGCAAUUUGGUUUUCCUUCGCACCACUGAUUUUUAUCAGCAAAAUCGAUCAGGCACCAUAGAGUCGCAAGGCAUUGAAACAUCAAACUGAAAAUGAAAAUCGUGGUAUCAUUCCGCUCCGCCCCAGCCAUAUACGUGGUAUCGUAGUAAUACAUUACAAGUGAAAAUCCCCUGAAACCCCAACUCCAUAAAUGACAUUCGUUACCCAUAU